AUGUACUUGCCAGGACGUGUGCUUAUGAAGUUUGAGGAGGUCCAGGGAGUGACUACUGUUACAACUUAUUUUUCUCGAGGAGGAGGGAGAGGGAGAGGGAGAUGGGGUGAGGACAAAGGAGAUGGGGGUGGGGAAGGAGAUGAGGAGGGAUACAAUGAGGAUGAGGACAUAGAUAUUGGUGGAAAUACCGAGUCUAGUAGUAGUGGGGAUGACGAUGAUUCUACUUUAGGAUCAUCGAGCAACGAUGAUGGGGAUGACAGUGAGUUGCCAGAGUUAGAGGAUAUACCAGCCAUAGAGGGAGGUGGGGAUGGAGGUCAGGGUGGUGAUGGAGACAAUGAGGACGAUCCACAAGUUCUAAAAGCGCGGAUUCAGAGGAGCGGAGCUCUGGUGGCUGGGCGGUGGUUAGGUGGCGGCCCGGUGGCGGAGCAGUGGCCGAUUGGAAAAAAAAAGGCGCUCGGGGAGAAGAGCGGAGGGCGGCUGGAAGCGGCGGCGGGGGCCAGGGAGGAGGCCGGGGGCUGCAGGCGGCGGCGGGCCGAGCAACCGGCAGCGCAGGGAGGCGGCGGCCGGGCGGUGAGAAGGCCAAGGAGCUGGGCACCUAGAGGUGUAGUGGGCCCAGGUUGGGCGGUAGCAGUGGAGCCAGGCGGAGCGGCGGGGCUAGGCUGGGCGGCGCGCGGGGGACCGGGAUCUGCACGGCCAGCGGGGGCCGGAGACUGGGAGCUGUAUGGCUGGCGGGGGCCGGAGACUGGGCCGACGAUAGCUGGAGAAACAACAGUAGAGGCCGGAGAAGGAUGGAGGGGCCGCCAGCGGGGGCCGGACUGA